AUGCACCAGACACCUGAUCAUUGGCCAGUUACCCCAGUGACAAUAGACUCUAACAAUACAGAGAUAAAGAAAUCUGUGAUGUGUGGCACAAUUGUUGUGAAUACACCUCAGCUGCCAGAUGCAGAACAGUACACUUCUUGGAAAGUGUAUGUGGCUGAUGUUAAAGAGUCCUUUGAUGGGGCGGCCUUCCUGGAAAAUGCUCAACCCCUGACCGCUGAACGGUUUGAACAAAUAGAGAACCAUCUCUAUCAACUAGUGCAGAUAGAAUCAUUCCCCCAGGAAUUCACAGCACUAAAAUCAGGUAAACGAUUGCCUCCAGACAGCAGGCUCCUACAGCUUGACCCUAUCUAUGAUGCAGAAUCAGAUCUGAUCAGAGUAGGAGGACGCUUACAGAGAGCUGAAUCUCUAAAUACAGGCGUCAAACAUCCAAUUCUUCUUGACCCACAGCAUGUUAUAACAAAGUUGAUCAUCCGGGAUCAAGAUGAGAAGCUCUUACACUAUGGUCAGGAGCGUAUACUCGCAGAGAUAAGACGCAGAUUUUGGAUAUUGAGGGGACGAGAAGCGAUUCGACGCCAUCAGCGUCAGUGUUCCACCUGUCAGAAAUGGCGCUCAAACCCGAGGACACAGAAAAUGUCUGACUUGCCACCACCACGUCUGCGACUUUUCAAACCACCAUUCUUCUCAACAGGAGUUGAUUGCUUCGGACCAAUGCAUGUGAAGGUUGGACGUCGCUCAGAGAAACGAUGGGGUUUGAUAUUUAAAUGUAUGACCACCCGUGCGGUGCAUUUAGACAUACUCAGGAGCAUGGACUCGGAUGCAUUCCUCAUGGCAUUUCGCCGCUUCGCUUCACUGAGAGGCAAACCUUACGAACUCAUCUCAGACCAAGGUUCCAAUUUCCGAGGGGCUAAAACAGAGUUGCAGGAGGCACUUGCAAGUAUGGAACCAGACCUUGCUGAACAACUGGCUCGCCAUAAGGUCAGAUUUGUGUUCAAUCCUCCUCAUGCACCACACUUCGGAGGUGUUUGGGAAAGAGAGAUUAAAUCUGUGAAAUAUGGCCUCCGAGUGGCACUAGGAGAUCAGACAGUGACAGAACCUGUGUUACGUACCAUUCUAGCGGAGGUGGCAGGGAUUCUGAAUUCUAAGCCAUUAGCCUACGUUUCAUCAGAUGUCAGAGAUGUGGACCCAGUUACACCAAACAUCCUGCUGAUUGGCCGCCAUGAUGCUUCUCUUCCACAAGUCGUCUAUCCAGCUGAUGAACUAUUAAGCAGACGCAGAUGGCGCCACAGUCAAGUUCUGGCCGACCACUUUUGGGUACACUUUGUCAAAUAUUAUCUUCCUGAUAUGCAGCUGCGCACAAAAUGGCAGAAAGAAAGACAAAACUUGAAGAUGAAUGACGUUGUCAUGAUAGUUGAUCCACAGCUCUUAAGAGCUCAGUGGCCUGUUGGUAGAGUCACUAAAACCUACCCCGGAACAGAUGGAUGUGUUCGCACUGCCACUGUCAGUGUGAAAGACAAGGAGUACACCAGACCAAUCACAAGACUCAUCCCACUACCUGAAUGUGCGGAUGACGAUAAGUGA